AUGUCUUUGAUAGACAAGAAGAGCUUGCAUUUUAACAUAUACAGAUUAUUCAUUUUUCCUUCCACAAUCAUAGAGUGCCAUCAUAAUGACUUCUCCAACCAAGUUUGUACUUGUAUUAAUCUUAAUUAUCUUGAACAUUACAGGGCAAUAACUGAAAAUGUAGGUGGAAUAGCGCUUGUAAUUGAAGCAGUAAAAUCAACCGCCAUACGAAGCCUCAACUCAUUCGCCAUAUCAAUAAAAUGUUAUCUUGCAAUCGUCUGGCAAUGGCAAAUUACUCAUGACACUGUUUUGGAGUGUAGUGCCCCAUUAGAAUAUUAG